AUGACGUGCCUCCUGGACACAGGCAGUUCGGACCUCUGGAUCCCGUCCAAGUUGUGCAAAGCUUGCAAGCACAUCGAGCAUCGCUUCAAUGCCAACAAGUCGUCGACGUUCCUGCCAGCUUUGCACAUGACACCUGAGGGCUAUGCCCCUCGGGCGAUGCAAAUCAGCUAUGGAAGCGGGACAAUCCUUGGCUACGAGGCGCAAGACACUGUCACCUUCGCAGGACGUACAAUCCACAACCAGAGCUUCCUCAUCGUUGAAGACGAGCUGUUGCCUGAAAAUCGUGAAUGGGACGGAAUCUGCGGGUUUGGAUGGGACACCAUUGCGCAGAUGGGCCGUCCACUGUAUUCAAAUCUUCAACGUAUGGGCUCCAAGGCAAUGUACACCUUUGUGCCGGAGGACAGCACAUCUGCACGCCUUUAUGUGGGUCCUUUCCCUCAGCAUGCCGUUCAGCCGGGGACAGUGGUGUGGACAGAUGCUGAGAAGGCUUUCCCUGAAGGCAAAAAGACUUUCUGGUUCAUCACAGGUGGCAUUGCUGUUCACAAGAAGAAGCCACAUUCAGCCCGUUUCCUCGUGGACACAGGCACCAAUCAAGUCUUGCUGGCACCACGCAAGCUCUACACCAGCAUCAUGCAGUCGGUUCUGCCAGAACGUCUGUACGACGAUCUGUGUUAUGAGCUUGAACCAGUCUACUGUGACUGCUCCAUCCUCGAAAGAUCGCGCGACCUCCCGCCUCUUCGGAUAUUCAUCUCAGGACGCCCUUUUGAGCUGCCUGUCAGGGAGAUGUUCAUCCCGGUGCAUCGCGAAUACGGCCAGGGUACCAAUUGCAUACUGGCCAUACAGCCGAAUAACAUUAACGUGGGAGACACAAUGCCGGGGCAGUCGCGGCUGCCAUUACCUGGAGGGCUGGGGGGAAUUCUUGGAGGCUUGGAGCGAAAAUGGGAGACUGUGGCGUACUC